AUGUUCAGGAUCGGUAGGAGACAGCUCUGGAAGCAGAGUGUCACCCGCGUUUUAACGCAAAGACUGAAGGAAGAGAAGGAAGCCAAGCGGGUGCGUUUGGACGGUAGGCAUGACUACCUAUUUGGGAUUGUAGCUUCCUGCGUGGACUUGAACAAAGCCGAGGUGGAGGAUGCCAUUCUUGAGGGGAGUCAGAUUGAAAGAAUUGAUCGGCUUUUUGCUGUUGGAGGUCUUCGUCACCUCAUGUUUUACUAUCAGAAUGUGGAGGUAGCAGAAACAGGACAACCAAGCUCUUCAGGAGGAGUAAAUCCUAUUUCUGCAAAGACUAAAAAACCUAAAGUGUUCGUGACGGAGGGAAAAGAUGUUGCUCUGACUGGAGUAUGCGUGUUCUUCAUCAGGCCAGACCCUUCCAGAGCCAUCACCCCCGAGAACAUCCACCGGGAGGUGAGCUUUAACAUGUUGGAUGCUGCAGAUGGGGGCCUGCUCAAUAGCAUGCGGCGUUUGCUGUCGGACAUCUUCAUUCCCGCGCUCAGGGCCAUGGGCCAGGCCUGGGGUGAGCUUGAGGGGCUUCAAGAAGCACCCGCCAUUCGGCAGGAGUUCCUGAGCUCUCUGGAAGGCUUUGUGAGCAUCCUGUCAGGUGCGCAGGAGAGUUUGAAGGAGAAGGUGAACCUUCAAAAGUGUGACAUAUUUGAACUGAAAGCCCUGAAGGAACCGAUAGACUAUGUGACUCUAGCUAAUAACCCCGAGACUUUGGGAAAAAUAGAAGGUUGUAUGAAAGUAUGGAUCAAACAAACAGAACAGGUCCUCGCGGAAAACAAUCAGCUGCGGAAGGAAGCGGAUGACCUUGGGCCCCGAGCGGAGUUGGAGCACUGGAAAAAGAGACUGUCCAAGUUUAACUACCUUUUGGAUCAAUUGAAAAGCCCAGAUGUGAAGGCUGUGUUGGCAGUGCUUGCUGCUGCCAAGUCGAAACUUCUGAAGACUUGGCGGGAGAUGGAUAUUCGAAUCACCGAUGCAGCUAACGAGGCAAAGGACAAUGUCAGAUAUUUGUACACACUUGAGAAAUGCUGUGACCCCUUGUACAGCAGUGACCCUAUAUCCAUGAUUGAUGCUAUUCCUACACUUAUAAAUGCAAUUAAAAUGAUCUAUAGUAUCUCUCAUUAUUAUAACACCUCUGAGAAGGUUACGUCUCUGUUUGUGAAGGUGACCAAUCAGAUGAUAUCUGCAUGUAAAGCUUAUAUUACGAACAAUGGAACCGCUUCUGUGUGGAGCCAGCCACAGGAUGUUGUUGUGGAAAAAAUAUUAUCUGCAAUUAAACUUAAGCAGGAAUACCAGCUCUGCUUUCACAAGACAAAACAAAAGCUUAAACAAGAUCCAAAUGAAAAACAAUUUGAAUUCAGCGAGAUGUAUAUUUUUGGAAAAUUUGAAACUUUCCACCGACGUCUUGCUAAGAUAUUAGAUAUCUUUACAGCCUUUAAGACAUACUCGGUCCUGCAAGAUGCGAAUAUUGAAGGGCUGGAAGACAUGGUCACUAAAUACCAGGGUAUUGUUGCCACCAUAAAGAAGAAGGAAUAUAAUUUCUUAGACCAGCGGAAAGUGGAUUUUGACCAGGAUUAUGAACAGUUUUGCAAGCAGACUGAUGACCUUCAUAAAGAGUUGCAGAACUUCAUGGAUGUUACAUUUGAAAAGAUUCGAAACACAAAUCAAGCUCUAAGUAUGUUAAAGAAAUUUGAAAGAUUGAAUAUACCCAAUCUGGGUAUUGAUGACAAAUACCGGUGUAUCCUCAAAAACUAUGGGGCUGACAUUGAUAUGAUUGCAAAGCUGUAUACAAAGCAGAAGUGUGAUCCUCCGUUGGCCCGAGACCAGCCUCCCAUUGCCGGGAAGAUUCUGUGGGCCCGUCAGCUCUUCCACAGGAUUCAGCAACCGAUGCAGCUUUUCCAGCAGCACCCAAGCGUGCUGCGGACGGCGGAAGCCAGACCCGUGAUCCGUAACUACAACAGGGUGGCCAAGGUACUCCUGGAGUUUGAGGUUCUCUACCACAGGGCGUGGCUUCAACAAAUUGAAGGAAUUCACAUAGGACUUGAGGCUUCUUUAUUGGUGAAGGCUCCAGGCACGGGAGAAUUGUUUGUAAACUUUGACCCUCAGAUAUUGACCUUAUUUAGAGAAACAGAGUGCAUGUCACAGAUGGGUCUGGAGGUUUCAUCCCUGGCAGCUGCUCUUUUCCAGAAACGGGAUAUAUACAAAAAGAACUUCAGUAACAUGAAGAUGAUGCUGGCGGAAUAUCAGAGAGUGAAGUCAAAAAUGCCUCCCAUCAUAGAGCCACUGAUGGUCCCUCACUUGGCUAAAGUGGACGAGGCUCUCCAACCCGGCCUGGCUGCACUGACCUGGACAUCCCUGAACAUUGAGACAUACUUGAAACACGCUUUUGCUAAGAUCAAGGACCUGGAAUUGCUGGUUGACAGGGUCAACGAUUUGAUCGAGUUCCGCAUUGAUGCGGUUCUGGAAGAAAUGAGCAGCACGGCUCUUUGUCAGCUCCCCCAGGAGGAGCCGCUUCCCUGUGAAGAGUUUCUCCAAAUGACAAAGGAUCUUUGUGUAAAUGGUGCUCAGAUACUACACUUUAAAAGCUCAUUAGUGGAGGAAGCAGUCAAUGAGCUAAUAAAUAUGUUGCUAGAUGUGGAAGUUCCAUUCAAAGAAGAAAGUGAAAAAGUAUCCAAUGUGAAUGGUGCUGAUUCAAAAAACAAAAGUUUAGCAAAAAGAGAAGGACAUUCCGACACCUCGACAUCUUCCCUUAAUGCUGAAUCAGGCUUCCUGCCUUUGACGACAAUCACGAGAAAGAAGAAAGAGACUGAGAUCUUAGAGGAAGAAGCCUGCGAGUUGCUCUCUCAUUUCAAUCACCAAAACAUAGAUGCUCUGCUGAAGGUUACAAGGAAUACACUAGAGGCCAUUCGCAAGCGAAUUCAUUCAUCCAACACGAUUAGCUUCCGGGAUAGUAACAGUGCAUCUCAGAUGAAGCCGAACAGUCGGCCCAUUUUCCGAGCAGGCAUCACUCUGGCCAUUCCCAACAUUGCCAUGGUCCCUGCCCUGGAAGAUGUACAGCAAAUGCUGAACAAAGCUGUGGAGUGUAUUGUCAACGUCACCAAGGGGGUUAGACAAUGGAGCAGUGAGCCGUGGUCCAAGAGAAAGAUGCAUGAAAGAAAAAUGGUGGCUUUGCAGAAUAAGGAAGACAGUGAUUCUGAUGUUGAAAUGGGAGAAAACGAACCUCAAGAUACCUUUGAGAUAGCAUCUGUGAACUUACCCAUUCCUGUGCAACCCAGGAACUACUAUAAGAGUGUUUCUGACAACAAAGAUAUUGUAAAAUUAGUUUCUGUGCUCGGCACUAUCAUCAACUCCACCAAGAAGGAAAUUAUUGCAUCCAUGGAUUGCUUCAAAUGCUACAAUCACAUUUGGCAAAAGGAGAAAGAAGAAACCCUCAUGACGUUUAUUAUGAAAAACCCCUUGCUUCCUGAAUUUGAAUCCCAGAUUCUCUAUUUCCAAAACCUAGAGCAGAAGAUUAAUGCUGAGCCUGAAUAUAUCUGUGUGGGCACCAUUGCUCUGUACACAGCUGACUUGAAGUUCACCUUGACUGCUGAGACGAAGGCCUGGAUGGUUGUCAUCGGCCGUCACUGUAACAAAAAAUACAGGAGUGAGAUGGAAAACGUUUUUGCACUUGUUGAAGAGUUCAGUAAGAAACUGAAUCGUCCAAUUAAAGACCUAGAUGAUAUUCGGAUUGCUAUGGUGGCACUGAAGGAAAUCAGGGAGCAGCAGAUUGUCAUUGACUUCCAAAUAGGACCCAUCGAGGAAUCCUAUGCCCUACUUAACAAAUAUGGGCUUCUGAUAGCAAAAGAGGAGAUGGACAAGGUUGAUACUCUGCAUUAUGCCUGGGAGAAGCUUCUGGCACGUGCCAGUGAAGUUCAGAAUGAACUAGCCUCACUGCAGCCUGGUUUCAGGAAAGAGCUUAUUAGUACUGUGGAGGUCUUCUUCCAAGACUGUCAGCAGUUCUAUUUGGACUAUGAUUUGAAUGGCCCAAUGGCUAGCGGCUUGAAACCCCAGGAAGCCAGUGAUAGGCUUAUCAUGUUUCAGAAUCAAUUUGAUAAUAUCUAUCGGAAGUACAUCACCUAUACUGGGGGAGAGGAGCUUUUUGGUCUGCCAGUUACCCAGUAUCCUCAGCUUCUCGAAAUAAAGAAGCAACUAAAUCUUCUCCAGAAAAUAUACACUCUGUACAACAGUGUUAUAGAAGCUAUAAAUAGCUACCACGAUAUUCUGUGGUCAGAAGUAAAUAUUGAAAAAAUCAACAAUGAACUUUUAGAGUUCCAGAACAGAUGUCGGAAGCUGCCCCGGGCGGCAAAGGACUGGCAGGCUUUUCUGGAUCUGAAGAAGACCAUUGAUGAUUUCAGUGAAUGCUGCCCCCUGCUGGAACACAUGGCCAGCAAGGCCAUGAUGGACAGGCACUGGGCAAGGAUAACUGCUCUCACUGGGCAUAGUCUGGAUGUGGGGAAUGAAACUUUUAAGUUAAGGAACAUCAUGGAGGCACCUCUUCUGAAAUACAAAGAGGAAAUAGAGGACAUCUGCAUCGGUGCCGUGAAAGAGAGAGACAUUGAGCAAAAGCUGAAGCAAGUGGUGAAUGAAUGGGACAGCAAAACCUUCACAUUUGGCAGCUUUAAAACCCGCGGAGAACUCCUCCUGCGAGGAGACAGCACCUCGGAAAUCAUCGCCAGCAUGGAGGACAGCUUGAUGUUGCUGGGCUCCCUACUGAGCAACAGGUACAAUAUGCCAUUCAAAGCCCAGAUUCAGAAAUGGGUACAGUUACUUUCCAACUCGACAGACAUCAUCGAGAACUGGAUGCUGGUGCAGAACCUGUGGAUUUACUUAGAGGCCGUCUUUGUGGGAGGAGAUAUUGCCAAGCAGCUUCCCAAGGAAGCCAAACGCUUUUCCAAUAUAGAUAAGUCUUGGGUGAAGAUCAUGAAUCGGGCACACGAAAUGCCAAACGUAGUUCAGUGUUGUGUCGGAGAUGAAACCAUGGGGCAGCUAUUACCACACUUGCUGGACCAGUUGGAAAUAUGCCAGAAAUCCCUUACUGGGUACUUGGAGAAAAAACGACUUUGCUUUCCUCGCUUCUUCUUCGUCUCGGACCCGGCCCUUCUGGAGAUUCUGGGGCAGGCCUCGGAUGCGCACACUAUACAAGCCCACCUGCUGAAUGUGUUUGACAACAUUAAAAGUGUCAAGUUCCAUGAGAAGAUCUAUGAUCGCAUUCUGUCAAUUUCCUCUCGAGAGGGUGAGACGAUUGAAUUGGAUAAACCUGUGAUGGCAGAGGGCAAUGUGGAAGUUUGGCUCAAUUCUCUCCUGGAGGAAUCUCAGUCCUCAUUGCAUAAUGUGAUUCGCCAGGCAGCUGAAAAUAUUCAAGAAACAAGUUUCCAACUGAUUGAAUUUCUUUCUUCCUUCCCUGCUCAGGUUGGAUUGUUAGGAAUUCAGAUGAUAUGGACACGGGAUUCAGAAGAAGCCCUUAGAAAUGCUAAGUUUGAUAAAAAAAUCAUGCAGAAAACCAAUCAGUCUUUUUUGGAGCUGUUGAACACAUUGAUAGACCUCACAACCAAGGAUCUGAGCUCCAUGGAACGAGUUAAAUAUGAGACUUUGAUCACUAUUCACGUGCACCAAAGGGAUAUCUUUGAUGACCUGUGUCAGAUGCAUAUCAAGAGCCCUACAGACUUUGAGUGGCUGAAACAGUGCAGAUUUUAUUUUAACGAAGAUUCUGACAAGAUGAUGAUUCACAUCACAGAUGUGGCUUUCAUAUACCAGAAUGAAUUUUUAGGCUGCACUGACAGGCUUGUCAUAACUCCACUCACAGACAGGUGUUACAUCACGUUGGCCCAGGCUCUGGGAAUGAGCAUGGGAGGAGCCCCCGCUGGACCUGCAGGAACGGGCAAAACAGAAACCACCAAGGAUAUGGGACGAUGUCUUGGGAAAUAUGUUGUGGUUUUCAAUUGUUCGGACCAGAUGGAUUUCCGAGGGCUUGGACGGAUUUUUAAAGGACUGGCACAAUCUGGAUCCUGGGGUUGUUUUGAUGAAUUUAACCGUAUCGAUCUACCAGUUCUCUCAGUUGCAGCCCAGCAAAUUUCCAUUAUUUUGACAUGCAAAAAGGAGCAUAAGACAUCUUUUAUUUUUACUGAUGGAGAUAGAGUGACUAUGAACCCUGAAUUUGGACUUUUUCUAACCAUGAAUCCUGGCUAUGCUGGGCGGCAGGAACUCCCCGAAAACUUGAAGAUUAACUUCCGCUCCGUGGCCAUGAUGGUCCCUGACCGUCAGAUUAUCAUAAGGGUGAAGUUGGCUAGCUGUGGCUUCAUUGACAACAUUGUUUUGGCCAGGAAGUUUUUCACGCUCUACAAGCUAUGUGAAGAGCAGCUUUCUAAGCAGGUACAUUAUGAUUUUGGUUUGCGCAACAUUCUGUCAGUCCUGCGAACAUUGGGAGCAGCAAAAAGAGCCAACCCCACAGAUACAGAGUCCACGAUCGUCAUGCGCGUCCUACGAGACAUGAAUCUUUCCAAACUGAUCGAUGAGGAUGAACCCUUAUUUUUGAGUUUGAUUGAAGAUCUCUUCCCAAAUAUUCUUCUGGACAAGGCAGGCUACCCUGAACUGGAGGUGGCAAUUGAUAGACAGGUGGAAGAAGCUGGUUUAAUCAGCCAUCCUCCUUGGAAACUGAAAGUCAUCCAGCUGUUUGAAACACAGAGAGUGCGGCAUGGAAUGAUGACCCUGGGGCCUAGUGGAGCAGGGAAAACCACCUGCAUCCACACCUUGAUGAAAGCCAUGACAGAUUGUGGAAAACCACACCGGGAAAUGAGGAUGAACCCCAAAGCGAUUACGGCCCCACAGAUGUUUGGGCGGCUCGAUGUGGCCACGAAUGACUGGACUGAUGGGAUAUUUUCUACUCUUUGGAGGAAAACAUUGAGAGCUAAGAAAGGGGAGCAUAUCUGGAUAGUUCUUGAUGGUCCAGUCGAUGCCAUCUGGAUUGAAAAUCUGAAUUCUGUUUUGGAUGAUAACAAAACUUUAACCCUUGCCAAUGGCGAUCGGAUUCCCAUGGCUCCAAACUGCAAGGUUAUUUUUGAGCCUCAUAACAUUGACAAUGCUUCUCCUGCUACCGUCUCAAGGAAUGGGAUGGUUUUCAUGAGUUCUUCUAUCCUGGAUUGGAGUCCUAUUCUGGAGGGCUUUCUUAAAAAACGCUCACCUCAAGAAGCUGAAAUCCUUCGGCAGCUGUACACCAAAUCUUUUCCCGCCCUGUAUCGCUUCAGCAUUCAGAACUUAGAAUACAAGAUGGAGAUGCUCGAGGCCUUUGUCAUCAUGCAGAGCAUUGACAUGCUGCAAGGUCUGAUCCCUUCGAAGGAACAGGGUGUGGAGGUCACAUCAGGGCACCUGGAAAGGCUGUACAUCUUCUCCCUGAUGUGGAGCGUGGGGGCCCUGCUGGAGCUGGGGGGUCGGCGCCGGCUGGAGCACUGGCUGCGGUCUCAGGAAGCGCUGGCCUUGGACCUGCCGCCUCUAUCCGGGACCGACGACACCAUGUUUGACUAUUACGUCACGUCCGAUGGUAAAUGGAUGCAUUGGGACACCUGUACCGAGGAAUAUGAGUACCCACCUGACACCACCCCAGAAUAUGGCUCCAUCCUGGUGCCGAAUGUUGAUAAUGUGAGGACUGAUUUCCUAAUUAAAACCAUCGCUAAACAGGGCAAGGCUGUGCUGUUAAUCGGUGAGCAAGGAACAGCUAAGACAGUCAUAAUGAAAGGAUUUAUGUCAAAAUACAAUCCUGAAAGUCACAUGACCAAGAGUCUGAACUUUUCUUCUGCAACCACCCCACUCAUGUUUCAGAGGACAAUAGAGAGUUACGUGGAUAAACGCAUGGGUACAACAUAUGGCCCUCCUGCAGGAAAGAAGAUGACUGUUUUUAUCGAUGAUGUGAAUAUGCCAAUUAUCAAUGAGUGGGGAGACCAGGUUACUAACGAGAUAGUACGGCAGCUGAUGGAACAGAGUGGUUUUUAUAACCUAGAGAAGCCUGGGGAGUUUACCAGCAUUGUGGACAUUCAGCUUUUGGCAGCCAUGAUCCAUCCGGGGGGUGGACGCAAUGAUAUACCCCAAAGACUCAAGAGGCAGUUCUCUAUAUUUAACUGCACAUUGCCCUCAGAUGCGUCCAUGGACAAGAUCUUUGGUGUCAUUGGGACAGGCUACUACUGUAUCCAAAGGGGUUUCUCAGAGGAAGUGAGAGAUUCAGUGACAAAACUGGUUCCCCUGACACGCCGACUGUGGCAGAUGACGAAGAUGAAAAUGCUCCCCACCCCUGCAAAAUUCCAUUACGUAUUUAAUCUUCGAGAUCUUUCCAGGAUCUGGCAAGGAAUGCUGAACACCACCUCAGAGGUUAUCAAGGAACCAGAUGAACUGUUAAGGCUCUGGAAGCAUGAGUGUAAACGCGUGAUAGCUGAUCGUUUCACGGUGUCAGAUGAUGUGACCUGGUUUGAUAAGGCUUUAGUAAGUUUGGUGGAGGAGGCGUUUGGUGAAGAGAAAAAACUCUUGGUGGAUUGUGGAAUCGACGCUUAUUUUGUGGAUUUCUUGAGGGAUGCACCCGAAUUGACAGGAGAAACAUCUGAAGAGGCUGAUGCUGAGAUGCCCAAAGUUUAUGAGCCAGUUGAGUCUUUUGAUCACCUAAAGGAGCGUUUGAAUAUGUUCCUGCAGCUCUAUAAUGAGAGUGUCCGUGGUGCUGGCAUGGAUUUGGUGUUCUUCGAGGAUGCGAUGGUCCACUUAGUCAAGAUCUCACGCAUCAUUCGCACUCCCCGGGGAAAUGCCCUCUUAGUCGGGGUUGGUGGAUCGGGAAAGCAGAGCCUGACAAGGUUGGCUUCGUUCAUUGCUGGCUAUACUUUCUUCCAGAUCACGCUGACAAGAUCCUACAACACAUCAAAUCUGAUGGAAGACCUGAAAAUUUUGUAUAGAACAGCUGGUCAGCAAGGCAAAGGAAUCACUUUUAUUUUCACGGACAGUGAGAUUAAGGAUGAGUCAUUUUUGGAAUAUAUGAACAACGUUUUAUCGUCGGGUGAGGUCUCCAACCUAUUUGCUCGUGAUGAAGUUGAUGAAAUUAACAGUGAUCUCAUACCAGUCAUGAAAAGAGAACACCCCAGACGUCCUCCGACCAACGAGAACCUGUAUGAGUACUUCAUGAGUCGGGUCCGGCAGAACCUCCACAUUGUGCUCUGCUUUUCGCCGGUCGGGGAGAAAUUUCGAAAUCGAGCUUUGAAGUUCCCUGCCCUGAUUUCAGGAUGCACUGUUGACUGGUUCAGCCGAUGGCCGAAGGACGCAUUAAUUGCUGUGUCUGAACACUUCCUUUCUUCCUAUGAUAUUGACUGCAGUCUGGAAACCAAGAAGGAAGUGGUCCAGUGCAUGGGCUCCUUCCAGGAUGGGGUAGCUGAGAAGUGUGUUGAUUAUUUCCAGAGAUUCCGACGUUCUACCCACGUGACUCCCAAGUCAUACCUGUCCUUCAUUCAGGGCUACAAGUUCAUAUACGGAGAGAAGCAUGUGCAAGUGCAAACUCUGGCCAACAGAAUGAAUACUGGAUUGAAAAAGCUAAAAGAAGCUUCAGAGUCUGUUGCAGCUCUGAGCAAAGAACUGGAAGUGAAAGAAAAGGAGCUACAAGUGGCAAACUAUAAAGCCGACACGGUCUUAAAAGAAGUGACAAUGAAGGCACAGGCUGCCGAGAAGGUGAAGGCUGAGGUACAGAAGGUAAAGGACAAAGCACAAGCCAUUGUAGACGGCAUCUCUAAGGACAAGGCCAUUGCAGAAGAGAAACUGGAAGCAGCCAAACCAGCGUUAGAAGAAGCAGAAGCCGCCCUGCAGACCAUCAAGCCUUCGGACAUUGCCACUGUCCGCACGCUGGGCCGGCCCCCUCACCUCAUCAUGAGGAUCAUGGAUUGUGUGCUGCUGCUGUUUCAAAGGAAAGUCAAUGCAGUGAAAAUUGACCCGGAAAAAAGCUGUACAAUUCCUUCCUGGCAGGAAUCUUUAAAACUGAUGACUGCAGGGAACUUUUUACAGAACCUACAGCAAUUCCCAAAAGACACAAUCAAUGAAGAAGUGAUAGAAUUUUUGGGUCCUUACUUUGAAAUGGCAGACUACAACAUCGAAACUGCUAAACGUGUAUGUGGGAAUGUGGCCGGUCUUUGCUCUUGGACCAAAGCCAUGGCGUCCUUUUUUUCUAUAAACAGAGAAGUGUUGCCUCUGAAGGCCAACCUGGUGGUGCAGGAGAAUCGCCACGUCGUGGCCAUGCAGGACCUGCAGAAGGCCCAGGCGGAGCUGGAUGACAAGCAGGCAGAGCUGGAUGUGGUGCAGACCGAGUACGAACAGGCCAUGACGGAAAAGCAGACCUUGCUUGAAGAUGCAGAGCGGUGCAGACGUAAGAUGCAGACCGCCUCUGCACUGAUCGGUGGCUUGGCAGGAGAAAAAGAAAGAUGGACAGAGCAAAGUAAAGAGUUUGCUGCACAAACUAAAAGACUUGUAGGAGAUGUAUUGUUGGCCACGGCUUUUCUGUCUUAUUCUGGUCCAUUUAACCAAGAAUUUCGCAAUCUGAUGUUAAAUGACUGGCAGAAGGAAAUGAAAGCCCGAGAGAUUCCAUUUGCUGACAAUCUGAAUCUCAACGAGAUGUUGAUUGAUGCUCCUACAAUUAGUGAAUGGAACCUCCAAGGCCUACCAAAUGACGAUUUAUCCAUUCAGAACGGAAUUAUUGUCACAAAGGCAUCUCGCUAUCCUUUGUUAAUUGAUCCGCAGACUCAAGGCAAGAUCUGGAUUAAAAAUAAAGAAAGCCAAAAUGAACUCCAGAUCACAUCUCUAAAUCACAAGUACUUCAGGAACCACCUGGAGGACAGUCUUUCUCUUGGAAGGCCCUUGCUGAUCGAAGAUGUUGGGGAGGAACUAGAUCCAGCCCUGGAAAAUGUGUUGGAGAGAAACUUCAUUAAGACUGGAUCUACCUUUAAGGUGAAAGUCAGUGACAAGGAAGUAGAUGUGAUGCAUGGCUUCAGACUCUAUAUUACCACCAAACUGCCCAACCCAGCCUACACCCCUGAAAUAAGCGCUCGAACCUCCAUCAUUGACUUCACUGUCACCAUGAAGGGUCUAGAAGACCAGUUGCUGGGCAGAGUCAUUCUCACAGAGAAGCAGGAAUUGGAGAAAGAAAGAACUCAUCUUAUGGAAGAUGUGACCGCAAACAAAAGAAGAAUGAAGGAGCUAGAAGAUAAUUUACUUUACCGGCUGACGAGUACCCAGGGGUCCCUGGUGGAAGACGAGGGUCUCAUUAUUGUGCUGAGUAACACAAAAAAGACCGCCGAAGAGGUGACACAGAAGCUGGAAAUUUCAGCUGAUACAGAAAUUCAAAUUAACUCAGCCCGGGAGGAGUACAGACCUGUGGCUACUCGGGGCAGCAUCCUCUACUUCCUCAUCACCGAGAUGCGCUUGGUUAAUGAGAUGUAUCAGACUUCGCUCCGCCAGUUUCUGGGCUUAUUUGACCUUUCCUUAGCCAGGUCUGUCAAGAGCCCAAUUACAAGCAAAAGGAUUGCUAAUAUCAUAGAACACAUGACCUAUGAGGUCUAUAAGUAUGCUGCCCGGGGCUUGUACGAGGAGCACAAAUUCCUGUUCACCUUGUUGCUUACCCUGAAGAUUGACAUCCAGAGGAACUGGAUAUCAAGAAAUGAGAAAAUGUGGAAAAUUUGGUUUGAUAAGGAAAACCCUGAGGAGGAACCUCUUCCAAAUGCCUAUGAUAAAUCUCUUGACUGCUUUAGACGCCUUCUUCUUAUUAGAUCCUGGUGUCCUGACAGAACCAUUGCCCAGGCCCGCAAGUACAUCAUGGACUCCAUGGGAGAAAACUAUGCCGAAGGGGUGAUCCUGGACUUGGAAAAGACGUGGGAGGAAUCUGAUCCACGGACACCACUCAUCUGUCUCCUGUCUAUGGGCUCAGAUCCCACGGAUUCCAUCAUCGCCUUGGGGAAGAGAUUGAAAAUAGAAACCCGUUAUGUGUCCAUGGGCCAAGGCCAGGAGGUCCACGCUCGCAAGCUCUUACAGCAGACUAUGGCAAACGGAGGAUGGGCACUUCUGCAGAACUGCCACCUAGGACUCGAUUUCAUGGAUGAGCUAAUGGACAUGGUUACAGAAACUGAGAUGGUACACGGUGCUUUCCGCCUGUGGAUGACCACUGAGGUUCAUAAGCAGUUUCCCAUCACACUCCUGCAAAUGGCCAUUAAAUUUGCCAAUGAGCCUCCGCAGGGCCUCCGGGCAGGGCUGAAGAGAACGUAUGGCGGUGUGAGCCAAGACCUGCUGGAUGUGAGCACGGUGGCCCAGUGGAAGCCUAUGCUGUACGCAGUGGCGUUCCUGCACUCCACGGUCCAGGAGAGGCGGAAGUUCGGUCCCCUAGGGUGGAACAUCCCUUAUGAAUUCAAUCAAGCGGACUUUAAUGCCACCGUGCAGUUCAUCCAAAACCACUUGGAUGACAUGGAUAUCAAAAAGGGUGUCUCCUGGUCUACUGUCCGCUACAUGAUAGGUGAAAUUCAAUAUGGAGGCAGAGUCACCGAUGACUAUGAUAAGAGACUGUUGAAUACAUUUGCUAAGGUUUGGUUCAGUGAAAAUAUGUUUGCACCAGAUUUCAGCUUUUACCAAGGAUACAGUAUUCCAAAAUGCAGCACAGUGGAUAACUAUCUUCACUAUAUCCAGAGUUUGCCCACCUACGACAGCCCCGAGGUCUUUGGGCUGCACCCCAAUGCCGACAUCACCUACCAGAGCAAGCUGGCCAAGGACGUGCUGGACACCAUCCUGGGCAUCCAGCCCAAGGACAGCUCUGGUGGCGGGGAUGAGACCCGGGAGGCCGUGGUGGCCCGGCUGGCCGACGACAUGCUGGAGAAGCUCCCCCCUGACUAUGGCUCAUUUGAGGUAAGAGAGAGGCUUCAAACGAUGGGUGCCUUCCAGCCGAUGAACAUUUUCCUGAGGCAGGAGAUAGACAGGAUGCAGAGGGUGCUCACGCUGGUCCGCAGCACGCUGACUGAGCUGAAGCUUGCCAUCGAUGGCACCAUCAUCAUGAGUGAAAACCUUCGGGAUGCACUGAAUUGCAUGUUUGAUGCCAGAAUUCCUGCUCAGUGGAAAAAAGCGUCGUGGGUUUCAAGUUCGUUGGGUUUCUGGUUUACUGAACUUUUAGAAAGAAACUGCCAGUUUACCUCCUGGGUUUUUAAUGGCCGACCUCACUGCUUCUGGAUGACCGGCUUCUUUAACCCCCAAGGAUUUUUGACUGCAAUGCGGCAGGAGAUAACUCGGGCCAACAAAGGCUGGGCUCUGGACAAUAUGGUGCUUUGCAAUGAAGUCACCAAGUGGAUGAAGGAUGACGUCGCUGCCCCUCCCACAGAGGGUGUGUACGUCUAUGGCUUGUAUCUUGAAGGCGCUGGCUGGGACAAGAGGAACAUGAAGCUCGUCGAGUCCAAACCGAAAGUGCUCUUUGAGUUGAUGCCUGUCAUAAGGAUUUAUGCAGAAAACAGCACUCUAAGAGAUCCUCGGUUUUACUCCUGUCCCAUCUACAAGAAGCCAGUCCGAACGGACUUGAAUUACAUCGCUGCUGUGGACCUCAGGACGGCCCAGACUCCUGAACACUGGGUGCUCCGUGGGGUCGCCCUCCUCUGUGAUGUCAAGUAAUAUGGGGCUUGUCCCCCACCCAGUACUUUGGAAAAUGCAACAUACAGAUGACCAGACCCUUUAUCUUCUAUGAGCAAUGAACACUGUGUAAAUCUGGUUGAUCAUGAUUAAUGAGCUGCAUAGGGUUUCCUUCUCCUCAGUCGGAUGCUUAAUUACAUUUAACCGGUUUCAUCAUUAAUGACCUAUCACUGUGUUUGCUGAAAAGUUGCUUGGAGAUUUAAAAGUAAAAUUUACAACUUCCUAAUGAAGCGUGGCCCUCAAAUCCACAGUAAUAUAUUUUUUCCUCCUUGAAGUCUAAGGACUGACUAGGUUGAGGAGAUGGUAUUUUCCUUGAAAGGAUUAUUCUUCUGUUAAUGUGCUUCUGGUGACAGCCCCGUUCUCUAAGGUGACACGGCAAGUUUGUGCUGAUGUUGCUUUAUUUGCCUUUUGCAUUUAGGUCAGGUUGAGAGAUUUAUGUUCACGGCUCAAGCAGCCAAUUAAAAAAAAGACCUCUUAAAAAAUAGAAGGAAAUAGAAGACUGGGAUAAGAAUGUGAUUGGGUGAAUACACAAUUCAUGUAAUCCUGAAGAAUGAACAUAUAGAAUCAUGUUCAACUCCACUGAUAAUUAAUCAUGAGAUACUAAUUGAUAUCUGUUAUAAGAAAAAAAAUGAAAGCUAGAAGUAAGUUGUGGUGAAGUCUUUGUCAAAUGAUUCAAUCAAGACUCCUAGAGCAAUGUAAAUUGACCCAUCCUUUUUGUAAAAUAAUUAACUAAGCUCAGAAAGAGCCAUAAAAAGGUUCAUAGGCUUUGGUUCUUAUUUUCUCUCUUGGAAAUCUAUACUAAGGAAACCAUUUAAAAGACCUAACAAAUUCAUGUGCAAAAAUGUAUUCAGUAACAGAAAUAAAUGAAAAAUACCCUAAAUGUUCAAUACUCAGGCUAUGUUUAAGGAAAUUAGGAGAUAUUAGGCAGCCAUGAACAGCAAUAUUAAACAUUUAAUAAUAUAGAAAUGGUAAGCACAUAUUAACUUAAAGAUAGUUAACAAAAUAUUGAGUACUGUGAUUAUAACUGUAAAAUGUAUUUAGACAAUAACAUGGAAUAAAAACCAGUCGUGAUAGCACGGUAAAGGUUUCUGUUGACUUAAAAAAUAUAAUGAUUAGAAGAAAAAAA